UGCCAGUGGGAACAGACAGUAUAUUUAAUUUGGGUAGCAAUUAGCGUAAAAUCGCGGCACAAAGCGAGCGAUCACUGAAGCUUGACCCAAUCCCCACAAAUUUUUCUCAGUUUUUUCAAAAAUUUCAUGUCCAUCUUGCCCAUACAAGGUUCCAAUUCAGUUAAUUCAAUCUCUCAAAACCCUAAUUCUUCCCCCAAUCAUGGCAGUGGCACCAGCUCCUCAAUUUCUUCCCCUAUUUCCCGCCAAUUUCAAUCCAUCCCAUUCUCUGAUCAAUCAGGCGUAUUGGCUUCAGCUGCAGAAGAUUCCGGUGGAUCUUCCCAAAAGCUGAGUGACUUCGGCGCGUUGAAUGGAACGAAAAAUUUGCCUCAGCAGAAUGGAGAGAUACAUUCUCAGUCUAAUGCUCAGUCCAAAGGGAAAAUGUCGGGAACCAUGAGCUCUCCUCGAGGUCAGCAAAGUAAUGGUUAUGGAGGCAGUGCACAUUCAUCUGCAAGAAAGGCGCAGAUGACCAAUGCUAAUCACUUAUUGAAUUUUCAUUAUGAUCCCAUUUCUCGGCCUCAGCCAAGAGCUUCUGCUCCUCUUCCAAGAAGGCAGCGGAAGAUAAAGCCGUAUAACAAAGAUUUGUUCCUUCAGGCUAAUUAUAAGUUUGUUUUGCUAGAUACGGGGAAUUAUUCACCUGAAAUGAUGGAUCCUGAUAAAAUGCUUAUGUGGGAUGAUAUAGUUUGUGUGAAGUAUGCCACACCAUUUCCAGUACAAUGUCCAAUUUGUUUGGAGUAUCCUUUAUGCCCGCAGAUAACUUUGUGCGGGCAUAUAUUUUGUUUUCCCUGUAUUCUUCGCUACUUGUCAAUGGGCAAGGAGGAUCAUAAAGGUGAUUGUUUUAAAAGAUGCCCUUUGUGUUUUGUGAUGAUAUCUCACAAAGAUUUGCACACCAUCUAUAUUGAGAAUGUGAAGCAGUUCAAUGUUGGUGAUAAGAUAGAUUUCAGGCUUCUAACUAGACAAAAAGACUCAUCUACUCCAUCUCAGAAGACUAAACCUGAGAUGGACAUUUUGCUGAGCUCCGAUGACAGGCCUCAUGAUCCCUUCUCGAAGUUUACAUUCACUUCAGAUGUGGAGCUUUCUGUCAGAAAUGCAAUAUCCGAUUUGGAUAGUUGGUUAGCCAAAGCAGAUUCAGGUCUUGUGGAUGACCUGGAGAAACUUCCGUAUGUUUGUGAUGCGAUGGAGAAAUUAGAACAGAGGAAAAGGUAUUGGAAUGAGCAGAGAACGACUGAUAAUGAUAGAAAUUACAAAUGUGCUAGUAGCAACAAACAAUUGCAGGAACGUUUGUCGACUGUCAAUUUGAGUUGUGCCAAUGAUGAAGAUGCUUAUUCCAGAUGUUCAACACUAUCUAUUGAUAGCAAUGAUGAAAGUAAGAGGUUGGGCAAUGUUAAAACGGGCGGUAUUUUGUCCGUUGAAGAGCAAAGACCAACUUUAUCAUCCUCCAACUUUGAAAGCCCGAGUUUGCAAAAAAAUUUGAAUGGAUCGAGAGAUGUGAAGGACAACGAUUCGUACAAUUUCUAUCAGGCAGUUGAUGGUCAACAUCUCAUUCUUCACCCUUUGAACAUGAAAAGUCUUCUGCACCACUAUGGGAGCUAUGAUGUGCUUCCACACAGAAUAAGCGGAAAAAUUCUGCAGUUGGAGGUGGUGACUCAGUCAGAGGCCAUAAGAAGGCGCUAUCGUUAUCUGAGUCAUUUUUCUUUGACAACAACAUUCCAGCUAUGUGAAAUUGACAUGAGUGAGGUGGUACCUUUUGAUGCCUUGGUUCCAUUCAUGGAUGAGAUCAAGAAACGCGAGAAGCAGAGGAAGGAACUUGCGAAAAAGGAAAGGAAGGAGAAAAUUAAGGCAGAAGUUGCUGCCGCUGCUGCUUCAGUUCCCAUGUCUAUUUCAUCCGGUUUUGGACACCGCUGUGAGGAUUCCCCUAAAUUUUCCAUGGAUGACUUUGAAGUCCUUGGAAGUUCGACUGCAGUAUCAUCUAGUCCCCCAACGUCAUCAAGUCCUCCGUUUGUUGGGGAAAGGAUACUAUUCUCAAAUGUUACGAGGCUUGGUUUUGCCGCUGGAAUUGAUUCUCCCACCAGUAUGCUGCAUAACAACCAAGUGACAAAUGAUUCUACUAGUGUAUCUGGCACGAGGAGUUCGGGCACAAAUACAUUUGCCAAUGUAACAUCAAGAGUGAAUUUAGGAGAAAAUUUGAACGCACCCAAGAUUAGUGAGACCGGAAAGAAAGGAAAGAAACAAAGUCGAGUCCUCUUGUCGACAGCAGGUGGCCGUCGUUACUGAAGCACAGUUUCGAAGUUACUCGGUUACUGUCUAUUAUGAGACUAUUAUCCUGUGUAUUUUAACUAUUUAUAUCAGCUACUUAUAGACGGUACUGGGAACAAAUAACAGUUUACCAAAAUGUACAGCAUCAGACACUCUAGGUGUUACCAUUUCAUUUCGACCCUCAUGUAUUUUUUUCAAGAGACUUGUAAGGUUAUUAAGAUAUCAUAAUAAUUUUUAAUUUAA